AUGAGGGCACUGAUAUUUUCGUCAUGCAUCAUCCUGAUCAUCGCCAAUUCCUUGGCAGGUAUGUGUAUUCACGAAUUUUAAAGAAUAUACCGAUUUAUUUUCCUUUUAAACGAUUCUAAAUCUAAACUUUAUAAUGAUCAUCACAAAAAAACUCAAAACGUGUAAAAAUGAGUAAGGUUUUUAGGGUUACACCGAAUGUAUUAUUUAAAAUUUGCCCCAAUUUCUUUAGUGAGCCUCUAUUUGAGUUGAUAACAGUCAAAUUUUUCAGUUACAUACAAAAAAAACUAUGAUACAAACGUGAAGAGCUUAGUAUUGCUCAGAGAGCUCAUCCACUAAUUACAGUCAAGAGAGUUAUAAACAUAGAAUACUUGAAAAAAAUAACAAAAAAACAAUUGGAAUAAAUAUUUGGUAGUUGGUAGUAAAGCUUAAAGAAAAAAAUAUUAAAAGCAUGACUCGAGACACUUUUCUUACAUUUACUGUUGCAAUCAAAGCUCCUACCCUAAAAGACUUCUGGGACUCACCUCAGCUGGGUAAAGGAGGGAUCAGUUAUUUGUCUGUCAUAGAAAUUUUGAGACUCAAGAAUAAAAAAAUAUACUAAGAUGUUUUCAAUGUCGUUUAUUUUUGCGGUACGGCUGCGGAGAGGGAAGAGAGGUUUGCAUCUUACGUAUCACGUACCGAUCUAUUAGUUUGAUUAUGUUCUUAGGUACAUAACAAUAGUUGACUAGUUACAAAUUCAUCAUUCAUUCAGUUUAUAAUUUCUUAGAAUGAUAGAGGCAAGCCUUAGGCUAUUGCAUAACAACAAUCUCGAAUAGAGUUGAAAUUUCUUUCCGCAGAGGCUGCUGUUGCACCAAUACCGCAGAAGGAACUAACGCCUAAUGACGUUGAAGGUUACUAUGCCACGCCCUACAGGAAAUGAAAAAUUUCUCACUAACCACGAUUCGAUUUGAAACAGAAUUGAAACAAUUUAUAGCUUUCCUACAAUGUGUAUGAUUCAUGCAAUUUAGAUGCAUAGUGUAAAUGACACACCUGUUGUUUUCUACUCAUUGAGCGAAUAUCAAAAUCAUAUUAUUAGCAGGAUUGCAAUUCUUGUCAUACAACUCGUAAACUGCGUUUAGCUGUCUAGAAUAUGACAGUCUCGUUCUGAAUGUUUCCUCAUGUUUUUUAGAUCCAAACAUGCAAUUUUUUGGAAAAGGAUCGUUUGAUGGAGGAAAUGGCUUGCGUAAGAAAUUACUUUAAAUCAUUUUUGUAUUCAAACUAUUGGUGUAGUCGUUGUUUUUGUUCUGAGAUCAAAUAACUCCAAUUUUAAAAAUUUCUCUUCUUUUUUCGCAGGUGGGCCAAGAAAAGGAAGAAGAAGUACGUUGUUUUUGUAAAAAAAAUAGAGAUAAAUAGAUUGAUUGAAUAAACGAAGAGCGAUGGUAAACAGCGCGAGAGUAGAGGAGGAGUGAGAAAACGAGAGAGGUAUAGGUCGGGUUGCAAAUUGUUCUUUACGUGACCCGACCCAAACUCCCCUCGUUUUUGCCCUGCCGUAGCCAUCCCGCCGUGUUACUAACUGAACAUCUGAAAAAGGCUAUAAAAAAUUCGAAUCUUCUAGCCCCUGAAAAAGUUCACUGCUUUUUUCAUGUAUUCACUCGAUGGAUAGAAAAUAAUAAAAAUUAAUAAUAUUCUUUUGACAGAUAUCGACGUCAUACCACAGAGUGAACUGAAGUCUCGCGACGUAACAGGUGGCUUUUAAAAUACACUUUGUAUAAGAAGCAUGAAGGUUUUGGUACAAUCAUUUAAGUUAAAAGUUCUGUUACCUUUUUUUUGUCCAAAUUUUCCAACUUCCUUACUCUGUUUACUUUGAUGUCUCAUAGUUUGACCAACCAAGGCAAAAUAAUUCCCGAACCAAUCGCAAAUAACUAUAUUGUGCUGUCAUCAACAAAGUCAUCUUCCUUAAAAUUGAGGUGUUUGGAAAUGAAUGAGAAGACUGACUUGAACAAACAAAAAGCGUUCAGAUCAAGUGCACAGCUAUUAUUUUCACGGUGAAUUUGUCACGAUUUGUGAAAAACGUGGUAAAUAGCAUUGUUCCCUUUUUCGACGUUUUUUACCUACUAUCACCUGCUAAAAAUGAAGCUUUGGAUGUGGAUCGUCAAGUUUCGACUCAGGCUGCUAACUUAGGGACCACUCAUUUUUUAUCGCCGAGGAUCACAUGUUUUAUGGUUUUCAAAGGAAACAGAGGAGGGAUCAUUCGUCGCCAACAGAGUUUAAGGGGAGAAGGGGGUAAGGAGGGAGGGGAGGGGCGGGUUCAUAAUUUUAUUGUAGAGCCUUAUGGGCGAUCAAAAUUUUAUCGUAUGUCCCCCCCCCAUUAACUGAGCGUUCCUUAAUCUUCCUCAGGCAAUCAGUGCGAAUAAGACAGGCAGUUUGCCAUUAAACCAUCUCGAUUUGGCAUCCAAAAAUGACUGCAUUGGGAAAUAAAUGCUAUUUCCUCAUUAACGAGUAUCUUCGUUACGAUUAAUAACCCAACGUUUUUAUAAUGAUCUCCUAUUUUUGAUCAAAGAUCCAGUCGCGCAGAAAUACAGAACAAGAGAGCUGCCUGGUGGUGGAACUGGGAGUUAGUAGUAGUAUUGUUUCAUAUUUUUGAAAAGUUCUGUCUUUUAAUUUAAAACUUUGCUUUUAUGUUGUUUUCAAUUUCCUUUUUGCAUUUGCAUGUAUAAUUAACAUCUUUCCAUUUUGUUUCACUGUCACAGGAGGGCCGAGAAAAGGUGAGAGACGUGCUUACAAAUCAUAUUUAUCGUCCAAAAUCGUGAUAAAUAUAUAACUGAUUAACGGCCUCGCUGAGUUACUCCUCAUUUCUGCCAGAAAAAUUCGACCGUUUUUUCGAAUGUUUACACGAAAAUCGCGAACUUGUCUCGUGGGGCGAGACAACUCGUUUGAGCGAGCAAGUCGGCAGGGUAAGUCGGCAGGGUAAUCUUGACAAGCGGGACGAAUUUUCUCAAAUGACUACUUUUUCUCCCUAACCCGAGAUGUGAUUAUUAUUUCAAUAGAAAUAAAUGAAUGGAGGAUAGGUAAAUGAAACGAUCUAAAAAUUAUUUUCUUCGAUCCUCCAUUUUAUCCGAUGUGCACCCUGCCAAGCUAGCCGAGAGAAACUGUUUUACUUGAGGAGACAGUCGUUAGAACUCAAAACUCCGUAUAGACCUUCUGCAAAAUCGUGUCGAGGUUGUGGAUGGGGGAGGGGGUGUUUCUUUAGGUACCGAAUUCCAAUUAAACAGGGCCUUAGAGAAAAGGGGUGCUGCGUCGGUGGGAAAGUAUAAACGAGGUAAUUUGUUAUGAUCAGAGUUCCGAAGUUUACGUUUCGAGCGUUAGCCCUUCGUUGUCCAUUUUCUCUGACGAAGGGCUAACGCUCGAAACGUCAGCUUUGAAACGCUUUAUCUCGACGGUGGUAAAUUUACGUUACCAAUGCAGUUGAGAAAACCAAAUUACGAACCUUGGAUUAAGUCCUAACUCAGCAACGAGGUCUUGAUAGGGUGUUUGCAAUCCGUGUUGGUUUCUUGGAUUUUUCUCUCUUUCCUGCUCGCCUAACCAACACCAAGAACCGAUGAACAUCUUUUUUUUAACGUAUAAAUCCGCUUUCUAGGAGACAUGUGGUCGGAGAUUGAUCAGGAGGCGAAGAAAGCAGUCGAGAGAGCUCUUCAUGAUAAUCGUAAGUCGUAAGGGCCACAACAGCUAUGCAUCGCAUCCACAAAUACUGUUUCUUUAACCGGUUUGUAACACUUUGUGAUGCAUUCAUUUAUAUCUAUCUCGUUGUUUAUCCAUCCAAAUCUAUCUAUUGACUCACUUAUGUUCAAAUAAAACAUUUGUUUACCUGUUUUUGCCUGAGUAUCAUAGUGCUAGGAGAUUACACAACUUCUCUAAAACGCAGUUCUGACGAAGGCCUAAAACUCGAAGAGUCAGCUUUGAAACUUUUAACGGUGGCCAAUUUACGUUAUCAACUCAGUUGAUAGUACCAUAUUAUUGUUUUUAUAGUUCCCUAUAGUGAUCGUGAAACCAAAACUAUUUGGGAAGAGGUUAUUGAUGGCAUGAUGCCUUGAACAUGUGAAAUGUGUAGACAGUGACCACACAAAGGUAUCUGAUCAUCAUUCUGCUAUAAUUCAUAUUUAGUCUUGUACAUUUGAAUUUUUUUUGUCGAUUCCCUUCUCGCCAGGAAUACUUAUGCUUUCGCUGCUGCAAUUAUCAAUCCUGGCAAAUCCCAAAUGAUUGUCAGUCUUCAAAAUUGAUAGAUCGUAAAACAAGUCCCGUCUUACUUUCACACUAUUGUUGAUUGUUACCGUUCUCUCCUUUUAGUCGCGAAAGUUUUUCUUCAUCGUCUAUAAAAGAAGUUGAGAAACGCUAACCAUUAAUCUUGAUACAAAAGAUGUCUGAACAAGAAAUUUUUCAUGAGCAGCAAAAUAGUUGUGUAUUUUUCUAAUUAAAUAUCAUUGAAUACAUACAUAUAUUGAUAUAUAGAACAUAAACUAAUACUUUUUACCUUUUUAUUAUUUACGACAGGAAGAAAGUUGAGGAAACAUGUAGCUGCAUUACUUAGAUAGGAUACGAGUACUUAUAUAUUCCAUUUUCAGAAGUCUCAUGUGCAUUGGUUAAUCGACUCAUUGCAUUGUAUACGUCCAUUGCAAAAUAAAUUUUAUUCACAAAUUUAUCUAAAAACUUCUUGGUGCUUAAACUGACGUUAAACAUGCUUUUAAGAUAAUUUUCACAUCACAGUGUAACAAGUAGAAACCAAAAAAGCCUCUUUAUUUACGGUCAGCACUUAUAAUUCUUGAUCAUAGUUACUUUUGCACGCAAAUUUCUUUCCCUCUCGUUUGAGCGCAAUUCUACGCUCGUUCAUAUAUCAUGCGUAUGAAAACUGGCCUGAUAUUUUUGGGCCAACAGUCUUUUAUGGUUAUGAACCGACGUAAAAUAUCCAAUAUUUGGAAAGAUUUAUUUAUUAAAAGAGGCGUAAAUUAGUUCAUAUUACAAGCAAUGACCCGGCUAUUGAACUUCAUUCUGACUACAGGAGCGUUUCUUUGAAAAUUUACAAUCAAAUUCUCAACAAGAACUCUGUCUGCCUUCUAUUUAUUAAAUCUGGGUAUGAAUUAAUUGCAAUGUGCUAACAUGAAACACC